GUAGAAAGCCAUAUCGGAGGCGGGGCUUGUAGAAUAAUGUACACAGCACGCUGUGAGAGGGGCAGCCUGGACGCCGUGUGAGCACAUAUAUGCCCGGCGUUAUACUGCACUACAGGGGAAUCUACAGCAGGAAUGCGGGGAGUGCUGCCCGGGGGCCCCGUCACCAGCUGCUGCGCCCACUACACUAAAGAGGAGGUGAAGUGUCUUGUGCGCUGAGCGGAUAAUCCCCAGCCCGCCUCCUGCCUCAUCAUCCGGCUCACCACAACAACAGCAGCCCCAUCCUCCUGCCCUGAGAGCACUGGCACCAUGAGCUGGCUCUUCUCUAAGGGCUCCAGACCUCUGCCACCUCUCACCAGCCUACAGCAGCAAAGGCAGCGACAGAUAGACUCCCUCAAGGCAUGUCAUAGCAAUAUUUCUGAAAUUCAGAAGGAUGUGGAGUAUAGACUGCCGAUCACCAUCAAGAAUCUCACCAUCAACAUAAAUAUUCUGCUUCCUCAGCAAUUUCCUCAAGAAAAACCUAUCAUCACUGUCUUUCCACCAAUAAGACAUCACCUAGUGGACAAGCAAGGCACUAACGUGACAUGUCCUUUGGUACAUAAUUUUACUAUGCACUCAGAUCUUGGGAAAAUAGUCCAGAAUUUACUAGAGGAGUUUUGGAAAAAUCCUCCAACCCUUGCUCCAACCUCUGGUUCAUUCCCAUACUUGUACAGCAAUCCUGCAGGGAGGCCUCCUUAUCCUCAUACUGGCUUUUCAUUUCUUCCACCUUUUUCUACACAAGAAACCAAUAGAUCAGUGCCAGUAUCUGAACCGGUUCCUUCAGCCUACAACACUGCCAAAGCUGCUGCCCCCUCUUACGGCCUGAUAACUGAUCUGCCUAUACCUGUCCCCACCUCUGAGGUGGGUAUGAAUGGCUGUACGUACAAGAUGCCUGAUCUCCUUGAAACCUUUCCUGAACUGUCAGAUUUGAGUGUGUCACAACUCACUGAUAUGAUGGAGCAAGAGGAUGUUCUUCUGGAGAAGUUUGUCAAUCUCCCACAAUUAAAACAGAUUAUAACCGAUAAAGAAGAUCUAGUGAAAAAUAUCGAGGAGCUGGCAAAAAAAAAUCUUCAAAUGGAGCCAAUUUUAGAGUCAAAACGACAAGCAUUGAUAGACAAGCUGGAGUUUCUGACACAAAUGAAAGCUACAUUUGAAAAGAAGGUGCAAAGACAGCAUGAGCUGAGUGAGAGUUGCAGUCUGAGCGCUCUGCAGGCAAGGUUGAAAGUUGCUGCCCAUGAGGCUGAAGAAGAAUCUGACAAUAUUGCUGAAAAUUUCCUUGAGGGAAAAACAGGAAUUGAUGACUUUUUAACUCUGUUCAUGGAGAAGAGAACAUGCUGCCACAGUAGAAGAGCAAAAGAAGAGAAGCUUCAACAGUCCAUAUCCCUGCACAGCCAAUACCAUGCACCAUUAUAGGUUAUAGAGAAGGUUGACCGAGAAGAUGCUGGUUGUUGUAUCCCAGGAAGCACAUUUUUUGUAUUUAUGGUUGGAUGGUAACAAUGAUUGUAUUCCGUUUAUUGAUAGAUUAUCAGUAUAAUCUUUUGGGUUUGUUUGUUUUUUAAAUACCAUUGUUCAUUUCACAUUGACUUGGAAUACUCUGUAUCUGCUGUAAGGAUACUUCUAAUAUAUUUUUUACUUUCUGUUACCCAUAUUGGAAUGAUUUAUAUUAAAUGCCUAAUUUCUGUGAAUUGAGCCUUUUAUUGAUCAAAUUCCCAUGAAUGUCCCCUACUUGUCAUUUCAUACUUCAGUACAUAGAGUGCCUUUUGAGAAGGGAAUAAAGGAAAUGGAAGUGUUCUGCUCUCCUCCACUGUACAUGUACAAUAUGAUGUAAAUAUAGUAAGCACAAGCACUAGUAAUAAACUUGUCGCUGCUUCCUUUUACUGAA